AUGAGCACCCCAGCCAUCCCCCAGGGCCUGCAGCUGAACCCGAGUCAGAGGGCCCAGUCCGCAUUCAGAGAGCAAAGAAGACAAAAACUCAGGGAGCAUCUGUUAAAAAGAAAAACUUCCUUUGCCUGCAAACAGGAAAAUCAGAUGUUACUCAGUGAUGGAGAUCAGAGAGUCAGGACAUCUGAAGGCCAGAUCCAAGAAGGGAAAAAAGUUCUGAAAAUAAAGACAAAAAUGGCUGAUAAAGAGAAUGUCGGUAGACCUAUCGGGAUCAAAAAUAAUUUAACAGUGGAGAAAAACUGUAUUCCUUUAAAACCUUCUAAUGAAUUAACCAAUUCAACCAUAGCCACGGAUCCACCUAAUUCUGAGGAUAAUAAUCAAACUCUGCCAUUGUUACCAGUUAAAGAUGACCCCCAAGGUCAACACAGAACAUUAAGCCAAACGUUUCACCUUAAAAACAACAGUAAAAAAAACACAGUGAUUACAGAAAAACCAAAGCAUGAUGCUAACGUGCCCAAGAAACCUGUGCUUGGAGCAUAUCGUGGCCAAAUUGUUCAGUCUAAGAUUAAUUCCUUUAGAAAACCACUGCAAGUUAAAGAUGAGAGUUCUGCAACAACCAAGAAACUUCCAGCGACUGUCUCUAAAGCCACAAAGCCUCAGCCUGGAGACGUCAGCAGCGUAACAGUGAAAAGUGAUAGAGCCUCACAUAUGACAUCUGCCACUAAAUUUGCAAGCACUACAUCUCAGAUCCGACACCUUGUGCGACCUCCUAUUAGAAGUCAGCACAAUAAAGCCCAGGACGCCAUGAAACCAGGCAGCAGCAGGAUGUCAGCCAAUGUCACAGUUCGGAAAGGGCCUCGAGAGAAAGAGUUAAAUACGGUUUCGUCUGGCAUCAAGACCAGUUCUUCGCAGGACAUAAAAGGAGAUAAGACACUAUCAAAAAGCAUGGCAGCUGGAAUGGCAGCCAGGCCUGCUUCAUCUUCUAAUACUAAACUGAUAGAAAAGUCAAAGAGCGCUGACCAGCGCAGACACACUACGGUGAAAGCAGCUGUUGACAGUAGAUGGACUCAGCCCAAAGAAACUGCGGAGGAGAGAAAAGCUCGUUUGAGUGAGUGGAAAGCUGGCAAAGGAAGAAUUCUGAAGCGUCCUCCGAGCUCAGCAGUUACCCGGCCUGAGCCCGAAACACAAAAUGAACAACCUGUUGGAUCCUUCUGGACUACCAUGGCAGAAGAAGAUGAGCAACGACUGUUUACCGAAAAAGUGAACAAGACAUUUUCUGAAUGCCUGAACCUGAUUAAUGAGGGGUGCCCAAAAGAAGAAGUAUUAGUUACACUAAAUGACCUGAUUAAAAAUAUUCCGGAUGCCAAAAAGCUGGUUAAAUAUUGGAUAUGCCUUGCACAUAUUGAAUCACUCACAAGUCCUAUUGAAAAUAUUAUCGCAAUCUAUGAGAAGGCCAUUCUGGCAGGAGCUCAGCCCAUCGAAGAGAUGCGACAUACAAUUGUUGACAUUCUGACAAAGAAGAGUCAAGAAAAACUUAAAUUUGGAGAAAAUAUUGAGGAGACUUGUGCAGCCAAAGAAGAAAUCCAAGAAGCCCACACUGAUACAGGUGUUGAUCUAGAACCAGAAAAACUGGAAAUGGAAAAUAAGCAUCCUAGAAAUGUGGUGUUUCAAGACUGUGAGAAAGAGGAAGAUGACAAAGUAAAAGACCCAACCAGUGAUGUUAAAACCCCAAGUACAAACACUAGGGCAGGUUGCUUAAUUAAAUAUAAUGUGUCUACUACGCCAUACUUGCAAAGUGUAAAAAAGAAGAUGCAGUUUGAUGAAACAAAUUCAGCAUAUAAAGAGCUAAAGUUUCUAACACCAGUUAGACGUUCUCGACGUCUUCAGGAGAAGACUUCUAAACUGCCAGAUAUGUUAAAAGACCAUUAUCCUUGUGUGUCUUCGUUGGAACAGUUAACAGAGUUGGGACGUGAAACUGAUGCUUUCGUGUGCCGCCCCAACACAGCCCUGUGCAGAAUGUUCUCUGAACAUGACCCAACAGAAGAGGAGUGA